ACAUAUAACCGAUUGCAUCACGCUCACAGUGAGCUGCAGGUUUAUGAGGAAAAAUGUACCGGAUUGAAGCAACGACUUGACCUACUCAGGCAAAUAAAGGAAGCUCCAAUAAUGUACGCUACCGCGGUCACAGAGAAUGUUCGACGGAAGGUUUUUCAAAAAGAGUUCAAUUCCUGGUAUUCUAUACAUGUAGAUAAGUGUACUGCACUGUACGAUGAAGAAUCAAAACUGAGAGCUCAGUUCUCUGCGAAAAUGGAGAAGCAUUUUUUACGUGUACUUUUCCAUGGUAUGUUUGACACAAUCCCCCUCUUCUUUGUUAAAAGUCUGUCCAAGUUCGAUACAACUCUUGGUCCGAUCGAUGUCGAAUAUCUGAGGGAACUUCGCAAAAAUAUCGAAGAACUGAAGCAAUACCUGAAUGUCUCAGUUCCACAAGUGUUUCUUCGCCUUGAAGUCAGAGACCCACAGACACCGUCACCUGCUGUGUCUCAAGGUGGUAUUCGUCGAGAAGAAAGUUUCGUUACAACUGGUGCUGCUUCCUCUCUGCCAGUGCUCUCAUCAAACUUCCCGAGCACUAACUGGUUAAGCACUGAUGACGUAAAUGAUGCUUCUCCUUCGACAACACCUUCUUUACUCAUGACAAAAUCUCCUCCUUCGCGAUUUGGAUCGUUAUCGAGCUUCAACAUGCCAAUCGCACCUUCCCUUAAUCAGCUGUCUAUGCUUGGUGAGGAGGACGAGCUUCCUUUUACGUCGUCUUCAACACCUCUUGCAAGGACUGCACCUAUCCAAAUUCCUGCAUCGCAACCUCAACAGUUGUCGGAGAAGUCAAGCCACUUUAGCACUCCUGAUGACCACUUUCACACCGCUGACUCAAUUGAAGAUAGACAGUUUGUCAUCGACGAUUUGACGAGCCGCUCCCAAUUAUCCCAGGAGUUCCUGAAGCAUGUUGCUGCCCAAAUCGUUUCCAUAUCGAAGGAUGUCGUGGCCACUCUAAGGAAAAAGGAUGCUGAAAUAGAAGAACUACGUCGAAAAUGUGAAGCGUCAUCCCGUGAGCUUGCUGAGAAAACUGUUAAGAUUAAAAGGCUUCAAAGUGAAGUGGAUGCCUUGAAAGCAAAGGCAGAAGACGCAAAGAGUAAAGCCUUUGUAGAGGAGACUGCGGCGAAACUGGAAAAAGGCCUCAUGAACACUGGAAUGAAAGAACUCACAGAGAAUUUUUCGAUGAGGUGGUUAGCGGCCGAGCGCAAGCGAUUGAGAGGCUGCACUGUUUCAAGAGCAGCUGAACGCCACACUGCUGGCGAGUUCAUUGACAACAACGAAAAGGCUUCCUCAAUUCUCGAGCGA